AUGUCGACUUUAGGGAUAUCUCACUACGAGGAUGGAUUUCGAUUGGGUGGACCACCAUCGGAAUGUUCCCUCAGGAGCAAAGCGCAGAUCGACGCACUAUUUGAAGACUCCAGAUCCAUCUGCAGUUCGAUGUUGGGAGGGUGGUACGCCGGAUUGUCGGUCGUGAUCCCGAGCAACCACAACGAUGCGAACGAGGAACAGAAGAGGGUGAACAGUGCGGUCCAUGCACGUAUCGAGGCGAUGUUCGCCUCGGUGGAGGCCGAAAGUGGAACGCCCGGUGAAUGUGCCGCUGCAAUCUUGCCGGUAAAAUACAUGGGAGCUGCCCCAGUCGGUGGACGCGUGGCGAGCGUGCGGGGUCUUCAGGAACCUCUUCGUCAGCUAUUGGAACGCAUAGAAGGAUGCGUGAGGGCCGAGCUGGAGGUCUCCAGGCGCGGACUAACGUUUCGUACGAGCGAGGUCUGCGAAAAAAACAAUCCUUUCCGCAGAAUAGCGGUAUGGAGUGCGUUGCGGCUUCGAUGCAAGAGAAUACCUUCGGGCGAUGUGCACCACGCCUUCUUACCUCUGGUUGGCGAUCAGGAUCAAGGACAAACGAUGGAAGACAAGCACGCCGAUCUCUACAGAACAAUGCGCGGUUUGAAGAAUGAAGUGGAAUUCUAUCCCCCAAUCUUCGCCGUAGUAAUGCGACGACCUGGAGCCGCCAGGCUCUUAGAGUGCCACGCGUUCGCUUGUGAAUGCGAGGAGGACGCGAUAGCAGCCGCGGCCACGUUAUAUCGCGCUCUUCUCGCCGAUCUGGACGCGAACCGACGACGACCUCGUCACACGAAUGGUGUCGGAUGCGUCAGUUUGGCCUCCGUUGUCUCCAGCGUUCGAGAGCCUAGUCUCAGCAGUAGGAUCAGUUGCAUGCUACCUCCGCCACCGAGACCAACCGCACCACAUCCUGUGAGACCACCCAGAACCAAGAAGACUUCCGUGAGCAGCUCCGUUACUGAGGACGAAGGCGGGAAGCCUAGCUUGCAGAAAAUACCACGUAGGAAAAAGAAGAAUUCCGACGUGAAAGCGGAAGACAUCCUUGAGGCGCGCGGAAGGAGGCGAGACAAUGCCAAGAACGAGAAGAGCAAUCUGGGACCGAACAAUCGAGACAUCAUAUUGUUUAGAAACGAGGAGCUACAAAAUUCGAAGAAUAAAAUGUUUUCCGCUAAAGAUCAGAAUUCCUUGAGAAUCGAGAUAGAAUCUAGCAAGCUUGAUAAAAUUUACAGUGCUCCUGAUGACGACACGAAUGGAAUUUAUGAGAGACAGUCGAACAAAUACGAGAAACUACACAAACGGAAUAAUCUGAGGAGAGAAUCAGCAGAUACGAAAGAUAACAUUUAUGGAAGAAAUUAUGGAUCGUACGAUUUGAAUCGAGCGAAUGCCAGGAAUUGUGAAUUGUAUUCUUCCGGAACUGACAGCGUUUUGAUAUACGAUAAAGUCAAUAAAAUCGAAAGGAAGAACGAGAUAAACUCUGCUUACGAGAUAGUUGGCAAAAAGAAGGAAAAAAAAAUUUACACUCCGCAAAUUGAAGAUCCCGAUAAGAUCUACAGUCUCGGUACGGAGGACAUUUACACGGGUAAGAACAACAGAAACAGUCAGACAAGAUGUUGUCAGGAGGACAUCUUCUUCGCAAAGAACAUGAAGAAUAAUGGACACUAUCAGUCGCAUCACGAACAUUCGGAUGGUACGAUAAACCAACAGAGACGCUCGAGGGACCCGGAGAGGACGCAUUCCAGCAAAAGAAUCAAUCGAACCGUCACCAUGGAUAAACCGUUGAGAAAAGAAUCAUUGGAGCCUGAUUAUUUGUUGAGUACGUCGGAGUGCAAUCGUCCUCGGGUGAGAAGACGAAGCAGAGCAGGCAGCGAGCCACCCGUCAGCCACUCGGAGAACGCGAACAGGAUCCUGCAGGAGAACGCAUUGAAGAGAUCGCAGAGCGACGUAGACGUAGAUAGAGGAGACCUGAUGACGAGGGUUGAGUUACCUAGGAGAGGCAGUUUCCUGACUUCCGGAAGCACUCGAAGAACCAAUAACAUCAAAGGAGGUACUCCGCUUGGAUUCACGGAAUUAUUUGACGAAUUCAGGAAUCAGGAGGGCUUGACUAGUGUAGAUGACAUUUUGGCAGCCAUAAUAGAUCCGGAAGGUAUGUCGUUUAACGAUCUAAAGCCGCUCUACAAGGAGUUCUUACUGAAACUAGCCGCAACUUUAACGCAAGAUGAAUUAUAUCAGAGAUCGGCCAGUAUUAUGAAGAGACGACGGAGACCACAAAGACGAAGAUCAAGCCGUCGAUCUUGUUUAUUAGGCAGGGCCAUAAAGAGAUCGGUCUCGAGACUGAAAGGUGGUCCUACGGAGUUUACCUCCGUGAUAUUCCCGGCUAGGAGAUUGAAUGAUAGCUUUGGCAGUAGUUCGUCAUGUGACGUCAGAAAUAAUCACCGAAAUCGUAUACUGGCGAGUAGACUCGGUAGAAGAAAAUCUUCGCGGAGAACGAGCAAGAACGGAAUAGGUCACACGACUUCAGAAGAUAGCGAUACAUGUAGACGACUCAAUCGUAGCAUGGGUGCCACCGCAAACAGGAGCAGCAGCGGAUACGUGAGCUGCAGCGAAUGCAGCUACGACUCCGAGUCGUGUACAUGCGUGUCAGCGGAUAAGUGUUACUGUUCGUUAUCCAGAAGGGUACAGGCUACGCCUGUACCAGGAAACACGGUUGUUUGCGCCUGCGACACUGACAGUUGCUCCGAAAGCAACAAAUGUUACUGCGCAAGAAAGCCGAUACAGCCGACUAUACUGGAGCAACUCAGGCAGAAGGGAAUCGUGCCAUCGGAGAGCACGCUCAGCAGAGGGGACAGUUCCGAGAGAAUCCGAGGUUCGAGACUAGCCGGUAGUCAUAAUUCAUCACGUAACACCGACUUGCUCAAGAAUCGAUUAUCGCCGGCUUGCGGUAGUUCAGAUAACUUGGCCUUAGAUUACGAUCUCUUCAGUCCAGGAAGAAAAUCCCAGCAAUCAUCCGGUAGCGAGAAAGUCCUCGUGGUCAGCGCCAGAGAUACUCAGGGCCGUUUGGUUUACGUUGGUGGUGCGGAACGAGACAAAAAAUAUUCCUCUCGCGGUAACGGGAGAUCCGGAGCGCAUCACGAAGCGCUCUCCAUAAAAAAAAGCGCAGAGAUCGCCGCAGUUUUUGCAGGCGAGAACAAUCGUAUCUCAAGAAGAGCCAGUAACGCAUCGAGCACACGAAGUUCGAUUAGUCUCGAAGCUGGACUAGGCUAUCUACCUUGA